AUGGUUCGGAAACGUGAAGCACCACAGUAUUGGGAAAGUGCGAGCACAGCGGCGGAUGACGACAGAAUAAGCGGCUCAGGCAAGCAUACCCACGCGACCAGUAGAUUCGGAGAGGGCGGUGGCCGUGAGGAGAACACGAAUAACUGCGAUACUGCGCGGAGACAGCUCGUAGGCACAGCUCUAACGCCGGACUGGGCACUAAGAGCGGCAGCGGACAGACGAGGGAAAGGAUUUAAAUGGAGUUAA